ACACGGACUUUCAUUUAUUAUUUAAGUUUCCAAACUAUUUGGACUUUGCUCUUUUGUUUUCCUUAUUUUGCUUUUGUUCUUUUUUAUUAUUAAAUACUCACAAGUGGCCGAAACAUGACGUCUUUAAUUAAAAAUAUGGUUUUGAAACAAAAUAGAGUAGCCACAGGUAUAUUAAGAUUAUACUCAUCGGCCAGUGAAGUGCCUAAAUUCGAUACUUUAGCUGUAUCAGUGCCAAAAAAACAUGUUUUCCAUGUGGAGUUAAACAGGCCUAAGAAAUUGAACACAUUCAAUCAUAACAUGUGGAUAGAGAUGAAGCAAUGUUUUGAAGCUUUAAGUCGGCACCCUGAAUGUCGUGUGGUUGUACUGUCAGCACAGGGGAAACAUUUCACUGGAGGCAUAGACCUAAACAGUUUUAUGGAGAAAGCUAGUGACAUCGGAGAAUGUGGGGAUCUCGCUCGACAAGUCAGAUUCAUGAACAAUAUCAUCGGGCUGUACCAGGAUGGGAUUUCGUCACUAGAAAAAUGCGUAAAGCCAGUACUCACAGUGUCCCACAACGCAUGUGUCGGUGCAGGCGUAGACCUCAUCACCGCUGCUGAUAUGAGAUAUUGCACGGAAGACUGCUGGUUCCAGGUCAAAGAAGUGGACAUCGGGCUUGCGGCAGAUGUGGGGACUUUGCAGAGGUUACCCAAAGUGAUCGGCAACGCGUCUAUAGCCCGAGAGCUUUGCUACACAGCGCGUAAAAUGGACGCCAAAGAAGCACUAGCUCUGGGACUUGUCAGCAAAGUCUACAAGGACAAAGAAUCGGCAAUGCUCGGAGUGAUGGAGAUAGCUGAAACCAUCGCCUCAAAGAGUCCCGUAGCCAUUCAGACCACGAAGCAAAGUCUAGUUUACUCGCAGAGUGUCACCAAUGACGAAGGAUUGGCACAUAUUCGCCUCAUAAAUCAAGCAAUGCUACUCAGUGACGAUUUGAGCAAAUCUGCAAUGGCGGCUGUCGCCAAGGAACAAGCAGAAUUCGACAAUUACUAAUUAAGAAAAUACAAGUUACAAAAUGUUGUAUAUUAUUUAAUUUGUAAAGGUUUUAACCAGAAUAAAGUAUUAUUGUUAAUUCUGUAAA